CAAUCGCAACACUUUCAGUUAUAUUUUUACGACCUGCCGACGAGGUUCGCAGAUCGAAUAGAGAUCAUCUACAAUAUGGUUAUCAAUUUUGCCGCCGGCCCAGCCAAGUUGCCCGAAGAGGUGCUGAAGGAAGUGCAGACGAAUCUGCUCAACUGCAAUGGCAGCGGCAUUUCGGUCAUGGAAAUGUCCCAUCGUUCCGGCAACUAUGCCAAAAUACACGAUGCGGCCAUUGCCGAUCUGCGCGAGCUGCUCAAUGUGCCCUCGAACUACAAGGUGCUGUUGAUGCAGGGCGGCGGCACCGGACAGUUUGCGGCGGUUGCUCUGAAUCUAAUCGGAUGCACGGGCACGGCCGAUUACGUCAUCACCGGCUCGUGGUCUGCCAAGGCGGCCAAGGAAGCAGCCCAGUACGGCAAGGUGAACGCCGUGCUGCCCAAGCUGCCAAAGUACACGGACGUGCCCCGCCAGAGCAGCUGGAAAAUGGAUGCGAAUGCCUCGUAUGUCUACUAUUGCGACAAUGAGACGGUGGAGGGCGUGGAGUUCGAUUUUGUGCCCCAGUUGGACGCCAAGGUGCCAUUGGUGUGCGACAUGUCGUCCAAUUUUCUGUCCCGGCCCAUUGACAUCAGCAAAUUUGGCGUGAUUUUUGCGGGCGCACAAAAGAACAUUGGCCCCGCGGGCGUUACAGUCAUCAUUGUCCGUGAGGAUCUGAUAGGCAAGCACUUGAAAAUCACGCCAUCCAUACUGAACUUUGAGCAGAUGGACAAGAACAACUCGCUGCUCAAUACGCCGCCCACCUUCGGCAUCUAUGUCAUGGGCCUGGUCUUCAAGUGGAUCAAGCGCAAUGGCGGCGUCGCGGGCAUGUGCGAGCGUGCCAAGGCCAAGUCGCAGCUCAUCUACGAGAUUAUAGAUCAAUCGAAGGGCUUCUUUUACUGUCCCGUGCAGAAGCAGGUGCGCUCCCAUAUGAAUGUGCCCUUCCGCAUUGGCAGCGCCAGCGGCGACGAGAAAUUGGAGAAGGAAUUUUUGGCCCAGGCCGAGGCCGAGGGCAUGAUACAGCUGAAGGGACAUCGCUCGGUGGGCGGCAUCCGAGCCUCUCUCUAUAAUGCCAUAACGCUGGCCGAGACGCAGCAGCUGGCCAAGCUCAUGCUGGCAUUCUACGAGAACAAUAAAAACUAAAGCCUAAUGCUUGCU